AUGUAUUUCUCCAUCUUUUUCCUGGGAGCCUUGCUCACACCAGUUGUCCAAGCAAGCCCAUCCCCCCAGGAAAACCUAUACCCAGUGACGAAGCCUGCGAGCAAACAUGAGCCCAUCAAGGUGAUCGAGCUCCCCCUGCCUCCCGUCACCCUCAAUGAGACCGAGGGCGGAUGUACCGGACAGGUGAACCCGCAUGGCACUGGAUGUAUUGGGGCGAACUCCUCCAAUUUGCUGAGCGGGAACUUUCUUCCGGACGGGAAUCAUGUAACAGCUUCCUUGGUGUUCACUGGGGCACCGGCCUCCCCUGAUCCAAGAAGUAUCUAUACCGGCCUUAAUCUCAUCAUUGUUCGUACGAAUGGAACGCUGUUCCCCAAUGGCGACGCUUGGAAAUGUAUCACCUGUGGCGUACCGGCGAAUCAACAAUAUGGGUUCACAUCGUCUAUGGACUACCAGUAUCCCCAAGCGUUCACAGAUGGUACUCGAGUUUUGGCGGGAAGUUAUAUCAUCGACUGCGGGAGUGCCCAGCUGGCUAGCCCCCAGUGUACUCCGGACAAGGUCCACAUCUAUCCACUCCGAUGGAAUACUUCCCCCACUGACUCGGGGGCUGGGGGGUCCAUUCGUGAACUUCGAAAACACCCUGACGAUGUUCACCUGACUUUUAACGCUCUCUCUUACUCGGGUUCCACCGCAUCCCAGUAUGCGUAUUUUGCACGGUUGCAAUUCAACCCUGCACCUACGAGCGGGACACCUCUCACACCGCGAUACGACCUGGUCAAUGUGACUGGGUUGUACUCUCCCGAGGCUACGUCAACGUUCUCCUUCACGGGAAAGAACGUAACAAUCAAUGAUCAGGCCAUCGCCGUAGGCGAGGCCCGGGGCCUGAAUGGACUGGGUGACGAGGUUCAGUACCUUGGAUCCUCGGCAGAAUCUUGCAACAUUGACAUAUUCGACGUCAACCUGAAGAAUGGAAAAGUUGCUCGAAUGACAUACGGCCCUGAGUAUGUUGACCCGUUUGAUAUAAGCCCGGAUGGGAAAUGGGCCGUUAUAAUGGACACUACAACUACCAAUCGCAUGAUGUUUUUGUCAGGAAUGAGGGGCAUCCCACCUCUUAUUGAUUCACUUGUUACUGCUGCGAUCGCAUCCAUCCGGAACAAUGGCGGACGGCGGUUCUUUGUGCCAUGGGUUUACGAUCGCGAAGUUCCAUACGUCAAUUCCGACCGUAGCUAUGAAGGCCAGCAGGUCAAUGCUGCCGGUGAUGGGAGCCCGGGCAGUGUGAAUGAUCCUUUUUGGAACGGAGGCGCUGAUCCUCGAUGGUCUCCGGAUGGUACCAAGAUUGCAUAUUUCCAACUGCUUACCGUAGCCCCGGACUGCGGGGGAGCAAUCCAUUAA